AUGUCGAGUCCCGUCUACGCAUCGUCGCCGUCUUCGGCUGUCGGAGACACUCGUCUUCGCUCUUCGUCCUUCGGCGGACCGCGUCUCGAUCUUGUUUUGCGCCCCUCCUACGCCCUCGGUCCAUUCAAGCUAGGCCACUCUCUCUGGCAUGUCCUCAACUACCUUCGAUCCAAUCAGUCCCUUUACCCUCAGAUCAACAUCACGUAUGAAGACGGUGCGCCGAGGCUUUCGCCCAUCGUCGUGGUCAUACAGCCCAACCUACACCUCAUCUUCGAUGGCCUUACGCAGCGUCUCGUCAUGAUCACUCUUGAGAAUCUAGAUUCGCAGCAAGUAGGCGCUCCGCAGCCCAUUUUCACGGCAGCCGCCUCAGCAGCAACGUCCGAACCUAGUCAUCGUCCCGUCAAUCUCAUCUACAAUGGCAAGCUCAUCUUCUCAAAGGGAUCCGCGAGGUCACCCUCCGUCGCUCUCAACCGCUCCACGCUGCAUCAGAUUCUCGGUCCAACAUACCCGGGACGGCCAGAUUCCUCCUUCAGCUCCCCCGACAGCCUCGUUGCAUCUGGUUCCGGCAGCAAGAUCGAGGCAGCGAACGAGAAGCGCAACGAAUUCGUACUCACUUACCCUGGUGUAGCGUUUUGCUUCGCGCUCAAGUCGAACGCAGCAAAGGAUGCGGAUGUUGAUAAGCACCAACCAGUCUCGGCGAUGCACAUAUUUGCGGGCGCGGAUCCACAUCAUCCGGAAGAUGUUUUGGCCGUUCCGACGCUCAGUACACCCAGUGAAGCAGCUCGACCAGGAUCAAGGUCUUCCAAAAACACACUUUCGCCUACCGCAGCCGUGGGCGACUAUCAACAGCUCAACAGCGAACGCGAUCGCGCGGCGCUCGACGUCGACGCCAUUCAGGUCCGAUGUCCUACCCUCCUAGAAGCCGAGAUUGCGCCUGGACGAACUGUGUCCUUGCGCUUUGCCAAGAAUGGCGCCUCUCAGGCCACUUCACCUCCAAUGGACCCUUCCAACGUACAAGCGACGUCGCAUAUCGUCGAACUGCUACUCGGAGUCACCACGCCGCAAGACGCAAUGUGCGAUCUGGGACAACCGCAGCGCAUAUUCUACAAGGAAGACGACCGUAUGCGUAUCCAUGGUACUGCUGCCGGACACGCCAACGGACGUGGAGGCAGAGACCGCGCCUCUCCGAACGGCAGCUCGAACGACGACUCGCUAUCUGGUUCGCACGACAUGGACGAUUCUGCUUUCUUCUACAACUACUUUGACCUGGGCAUCGACUUGCUUUUCUCAACAAACACACUGCGCAUGCCGUCGAUCGCUGAGGCGUACGAUGCUGCCGCUACGGGACAGGCGCGAUUGGAAAAGGUCAUCUGCCACACCAACGUACCUGGAGAUGCUCUGUUUCAACGAUACAAUCGGUGCCCGUGGAGAGUGUCCCCCCAAGCCGCGCAAGACGGCUUGACAGCGGGUGUCACUGCCGAUGCCAGCAAGGCGACAAGCAAACCUACCAAAGCGACCAAAUCCGGGGCAGCAGCGUUCUCAUUCGAAAAUCACUUUGACAGCACGCUCAGUGCGGGACAGGACGAUCGUGGGAUGGAGUUGGAUCGUGGCACGUGUGCAGAGUUCAAGGGUAGCGGCGGUUUCAGCGGCGCAAGAAGCGACGCGAUGGGACGACAGCAGGGUGCAACCAAGCGAGAUGGGGCUGGUAGCAGCCCUGAGAGGGAGCACAACCCUUCGAGCGAAGUGAUUGUCGAUCUGAGCACGAGGUUGAUCGGUCGCGAGGGGAUGGUGCUGGAGGUGGGAAAGGAUGGGUCCAUGGUGGGUGUUGUUGUGUUUUGA